AUGGAUAUAUUUGCGAAACAAUUUCCCUCUAUGUUCCCAUUUCAGAACAUGGAAGGUAACUCUGUUCAGAUACAAGCAGAGUAUGCCGACCGCGACCCAAACAACAGCAGAAUUCAGACUGCUUCUCUGAACAUUAACCUGCAAACCCUCAAAGUUAACAAUGGCUCCCCAGGAAGCAAUAACACGAAUGAUGACGUUGACAUGUCAGGCCUCGAUCAUCCUGUUGGCGGAAUCAUAAACGAUUUGAACAAUCGCAACACGAGGCGCAAACAAUACUCAUCUAUCAAUACCGGCCAGAUUGAUCAGCAAGCUGAAAUGGCACGCAUGUUACAACCCACCAUUCGAGCACUUCAAUCCGCUACAGACAAAGCUAUCAACAAAAGCAAAAAAAUCGCAAGCCAAGGUGAAGUCUUCAUAGGACCAAGAUUACCGAGUGGUCGGAAGACUUCUCGGCCCAUCCCUGAAAGCGUUUCUUCCAGAGCGAGACACGAGAAUUCUGCCGAGAAGAAACGAAAACGGAAGGAAACGAACAAGACUAUUAUAAACGCGCCCAAUACAAAGCCAAAGACAGAAAAGAACAAGAAGAAUUGUGGGGAUAACACUAAAGCCAAGCUUUCGGAAGGUGUUGUCAAGAAGCGUAAGACUAGAAAGCCGAAGGAAGGGAAAGUGGACCACAUGGAAUAUCUGAUGGAACGCCGCAAGCUUGGGGACAAGAAUGCGCUUGCUGCUGCCGAUAAGACCGCCAGAUCAAAUGCGGAUGAGAAAGUGGAUAUCUAUGGUCAUGGACUAAACCCUGCAGAUUGGGAGACAGUGUAUCAACAGGAAUACCAAGCGCGCACUGCAAGACUCAGAGAAAGACAAGCUAGAGACGAACAAGCGUUGAUGUCGGCUUUAAACGGUCUGUCUCUCGAUGUAGCAAGAAUUGGUGGUGGAAAUUAUGAUCUGAUUCUCUGA